GCCAACAGUAUCUUUUAGAAGCCAAUAGACAAUUAGGAAACACUCAACAUUAUAAACCAAUACAACAGAGCCUACAACCACAAACACAGAUACAACUCAGAACAAUAAUCCAAUCCCUUUAUCAAAACAAAUUUCUUAAUGCCAAGCAAAAAAACUACCUCUUCGGUCCAGAUCAUCCACGUCCCCGCUACUUUUAUCUGCUCCCAAAAAUACACAAGGAAUCAAUAACCUGGACUAUUCCCUUUGAAGUUCCUCCCGGUAGACCAAUUGUCUCAGAUUGUAACAGUACAUCCUACAAUAUAUCACAAUACAUCGACCACUACUUGGGCCCCCUCUCCACCAAACACCCCAGUCACAUCAAGGAUACAUACCAUUUCCUUGAUCUCAUCAGACCCAUGGCUGUCCCCAUUCAUUCCCUUCUUUUCACCAUUGACAUAAACAGCCUUUAUACAAACAUAAACACAGUUCUGGGCCUUAAAACAGUAUCAUCCAUUUUUAAUCAGUACCCAGAUAAACAUAGACCGGAUUCAGAAUUACUCCAACUCCUUAGUAUCUGUUUAAAUAAUAAUGACUUUCUUUUCAAUAACAAUCAUUUCCUCCAGGUCAGCGGGACAGCCAUGGGUCAGAGAUAUGCACCAUCCUACGCCAAUAUCUACAUGAGCGAGUGGGAGCGAGAAGCACUGGCGAAGUGUCCACACAAACCCUCUGUCUACCUUAGAUAUCUGGAUGAUAUCUUCGGUAUAUGGCCUCAUGAUGCCGCACUUUUUUCAGAAUUCAUCAACAUUCUCAAUAACCACCAUCCAUCCAUAACAGUUACAUAUAUAUUAAAUGCACAACAGGUUAAUUUUUUGGACACUACAGUUUUCUUUCAACAAUCAAACAAUACACAGAAUAGACUACUCACUAAGGUUUACUUUAAGGACACAGAUACACAUGCACUUUUACACAAGGCCAGCUAUCAUCCAAAACACACAUUUAAAGGUAUUAUUAAAUCACAAAUUAUUAGAUUCUACCGCAUUUCAUCUAAAUUAACAGAUUUCCAUACAUCCACACAAAUCCUUUUCCGUAGCCUCACAACCAGAGGUUACGGAAAAAGAUUCCUUAGAACAAUAAAAACCACCACUUUGUCAUCUCUCGCUCCUGCUCGCUCUUGUCUUCCAGAUACCCAGUUGUCAUCUCCAGUUUCCGGCAUGACGUGGCCUCCACCUCCUACUUCCUCAAAAUCCCUGUCUUCCCCUUCCCCCCACUCCCCCUACCCGAACCAGGGUCUGUAUCCUAAUCCUAACCCCCCACCCAUCACGCCUAAUCCUAAUUCUUACCCCUACCCAGGAGUUGGAGGCCAUCCCAAUCGGCGGACCAUCAACCCAUCUACACUACUACAACCUCAUUCCACCCCCAUGGAUCCCCAGCAGAUUAUUCCAUUUGUUUCUACUUUUUCCCACAGAAUAACCGGACUUCACCAUACCAUCAAACAAAACUUCCUACAGCACCCCCCCAGCAGCCUUAUUAUAUCUGGUCUUGAGUCCAAUGACCGUUGGACCACGGGGCAAAGGAAGAGAGCGGAGAAGGUAUGGAUCGAGAGACUUGGCACCACUGUACCAAGGGGGCUGAAUGAUACGUAAAAAAUAUACAAUUAAUAUAACCUCCCCUGAGACGGCCUCCACAUUUUUUAAUCUUUAUUUUAUA